AGUUCAAUUUAUUCUUGCACCAAGGCUCUACUACGGCGUGACGUAGAGAAAGCAAGCCCAUGAAAAUGUUUUGCCUAAAUUCAUCAUUUAAUCAGAACUCAUCUUUUCAACACAAAAUUUAGUUUUAGACGCAAAGUUUCUUUGAAUAUAUAGCAUGUAGGACUAUUAAUUGCAAGAAGACAAGUAAAACGAAAUUCUCAAUAUUUCAAAACCUUUCUACUUUUCCACAUUCUUCAGAAGCCUUUUUGCGAAAUCUUUUAUCGCUCCCACAAGUUGAUUACUUUAUAUCUCUCCCGAGCUUCCAUAAUGCCACCAAUUGAUCCAAUGAGUCGAAUAUUAAUUGUAAACGCUUGUUAGUUAGUUGUUGGACACCAAACAGAUCACUAGGAAAAGCCGAAAGCUCUGAGAAAAAUUAAAAGGAGAACAAUCCUAAAAAAAAUUAAAAUCAGUUAAAACUACAAAAGUUCGGUGAAAUGUCCAUUGAAGAUGGAAGAAAAUUUGAUUUGGAUCUCCUGAUCCAACAGAUAGGACCUUUUGGGAAAUUCCAGCUGAUAAACUACCUCCUAAUCUGCCUUCCGAUCGCCUUAACUGCCAUGUACACGCUGACCUUUGUCUUCACAGCAGGAGAUCUUGACUACCGUUGUCGGAUACCAGGAUGUGAUGGAGAUAGCGCGAGCCUCGAUGCCCCAUUCUUGGACUUUACAACACCCAAGGAUGGAGAUAAAUUUUCCAGCUGCCAGAAGUUUCUUCAUACUCCAAAUGCAACCGUUACAGAUCAGUGUCAAGCAGAUUUGUUUGAUCCAAAUCAACUUCGAGAUUGUGCUGAGUUUGUCUAUCAGGACGAUGAAACAACAAUCCUCAGUGAAUGGGAUUUGGGAUGUAGUGAAGAAUGGAAGCUCUCACUGGUCGGGACCAUUAACAAUGUGGGUCAAUUUGUCUGCCUCCCAAUGACUGGUUACUUUUCAGAUCGCUUUGGGAGGCGAACAGCCUUCGUUCUGGGAAAUAUGUUUGCUGCUGCCUUUGGCCUUAUUAGAUCCUUCUCAACGAACUACAUUAUGUUCAUUAUAUUUGAAUUUCUCGAACCUGCUCUUAGUGCAGGUGUCUACAGCGCAGGCUUCAUUCUCGGAAUGGAAUUGGUUGGUCCAGAAAGAAGAGUCCUCGGAGCGUUCUUCAUUAAUGUUUUCUAUGCUCUUGGAGAAGCUCUCCUGGGGCUUCUGGCAAUGCUAACGAGAGACUGGCGUCUCCUAAUGCGAAUUGCUUAUGUACCAACCUUCAUAUUUAUUAUCUAUCGCUGGCUCAUUCCUGAAAGUGCCAGAUGGUUGCUCAAUAUGAACCGUCCACGUGCAGCAGCGAAGAUUAUUGAUUCAGCUGCUAGAAUGAAUAAAAGUCAAUUGACGCCUGAUGCAAGGAGAAUGCUUGAUCAGGCUUUGGACAAGAAUGCUGCAAAUUUGGAAGAAAAAAGUGAGAAGCUGAAGGAAGAGGAACCAAAAGUUAAGGAAUACCGCUUGAUGGCUGCUUUUAAGUCCCGAACACUUGUGCUGCGUCUCAUUAAUUGCUCCUACUGCUGGAUGGCAAUUUGCUUUGUCUUCUACGGCAUGAGCAUGAAUUCCGUAACCGUUGCUGGUGAUAAAUAUCUCAAUUUCAUCAUGACCUGCCUGAUUGAGAUUCCCGGAGCUGGGCUAUGUUGCUUGGUUAUGGAUAGAAUUGGACGACGACCUGUACUGUGUAUAAGUCUCAUCUUGAGCGGAGCUUGCUGUAUUGCCUUCAUCUUCCUCUCAGAUCUACCAGAAGCUGCACAGCUCACAGUCUUCCUGCUUGGAAAACUCAACAUUAGUAUGUCCUUCAUCACAAUCUACGUCUAUACGGCUGAACUAUUCCCAACAGAACUCAGGCAUACUCUCUUGGCUGCUUGUUCGAUGUUUGGACGUGUUGGAUCUAUCCUUGCUCCCUUUACACCGCUUCUGGGAAAAUACGUGGAAGCCCUUCCAAUGAUCCUCUUUGCCACAUUAGCUAUCUCAUCCGGAAUUUUCAUCAUGUUCGCCCCUGAAACUCUCAACAAAACUCUUCCAGAUACCCUUCAAGAGGCCGAAGAUAUUGGCACGUGAUAACAUUUUUGCCCAAGAUAAAUUGUAAAUAAAGACUUUGUGAUAAGCGCAA